AUGGUUCCAAUGGAAUUUCUGGCUCCUGGGCCUGUAAAUGGUCAUUUAACUGUGGCAGCAUUAGUUCCUGAUUUUGAUCAAUGGGAUAAAGAACAUGUCAAGCAAGUCAUGAAGGGAAGAGAAUUUGAUUUCACAAAAAAUCUGAAGUUUGUAGUCAUUUUGGACUUGUCAAACAAUUCAUUAGUUGGCUUCGUACCUAAGGGUCUAGCUUCUCUCUUUGGCUACAGAAAGGGCAGUGAUUAUAGUCGUAGUCACAAGGCGGCACUGACUUUGGUUACAUGCAAUCUUUUUCUCGGAAAUUCCUCGAUGCGGAAACUUCCUCACGCAUCCUUCAGUCUUCCUUCUACGCAAAAUCUGACUGAUGAAGGCUGCAUAGAAGAAGAGAGGCAGGCUCUUUUGAACUUCAGAGACAGCUUUGAGAAUUGCUCAAGGCAUGUCCUGGCUUGGGAGGGCAAACAAUGCUGCAGAUGGAAAGGAGUCAAAUGUGAUGGCAUCACUGGACAUGUGGUCAAGAUUGAUCUCAGCCCAAAAGUCUAUUCAGUGUAUGAGCUCAGAAAUCUUCCAAACUGCACAGUUUAUGGUUCAUUCAUUAUUAACUACUCGUUGUCAAGUAAAGCAAUGAUCUCAUCCUUGCUAGACUUGAAACAUUUGAACUACUUGGAUUUAAGCUUCAUUGAUUUUCAAUAUAGUCCAAUCCCAUUGUUCCUUGGGUCCAUGAAACAAUUGCAGUACCUUAACCUUUCCAAUUGUAACUUUAUUGGGAGGGUACCUCAUCAUCUAGGAAACCUUACAAACCUGCAGAUUCUUGAUGUCAGCUCAGGCGAUCAUUUUUUCAUUAUUAAUGGCACAUGUUUUCAAUGUCUAUUUGUUGAUGACUUCGCUUGGGUCUCUCGGCUUUCUUCUCUACAAUUCAUUGACAUGAGUGGAGUUUACAUCAUGGACGGCAUCAAUUCCAUGAUGCAGGUAAUUUCCAAUCUCCCCUUGUUAGACGCACACUUUAUGCACUGUGGAAUUGACAGCUUGAGUUUUUCUCAUGGUUCUAUGAAUUUCUCCACACCUCCUUCCAAGGUUCAAGUCUUGAAUCUUCGGGGAAAUAAACUUUCUGGGAGUGUGUCAAAGGCUUUGCAAAACUUGUCUUCCCUUGAAUUCCUUGACGUUUCUGACAACAUGAUUGACGCUAUUCCAUUUUGGCUAGGAGAGUUCAGGUUUCUAAGCAGCAUGAAUCUAGCCCGGAAUAUACUUUCUGGUUUAUUCCCCACUGCAGUUCAGAACAUGUCUUCCCUUAGAUUCCUUGACCUUUCUGACAACAUGAUUGACUCUAUUCCGUUAUGGCUAGGAGAGUUCAGGUCUCUAACUAGUAUGAAUCUAGGCCGGAAUAGACUUUCUGGUUUAUUCCCCAUGGUAAUUCAGAACAUGUCUUCCCUUAGAUUCCUUGACCUUUCAGACAAUAGUCUAACUUCUGCAGUUCCACUGUGGUUGAUCAAGAGAAUUCAUCAUGUCAAUCUUACCCACAAUAAAUUCUCUAAUCUCCAAAGUUCUCAUUAUUCCGUGAAAGAUUGUGAUUUGACAUCACUAUACUUGCCAGAUGACAAAUUUCAAGGAGAAACAGUUGAAAGCUUCAAAAAUAUAGAUAUAUGCAGUAAAAGUGAUUUGCAAGUACUAGACUUGAGUCACAAUGAGUUGAAAGAUGGUAUAGAAAGCUUGUGCCAACUUGAGAAUUUGAUUUACCUGAGCCUAUCUUCAAAUUUGAUCUCCGGUCCCAUCCCAUUGUCCUUUGGAAAUUUGUCAAAAUUAAGAGUACUGAUUCUUGAAAAUAAUCAAUUCAAUGGAACAAUACCAUCAUCCUUGGGGACACUGUCUUAUUUGACGGUAUUUAAUAUUUCAGGCAAUUGCUUGAAUGGUUUCAAACCUGAUAGUUUCUGGAAGCUUAUGAGCUUGAAAACUUUGGAUCUUUCAAAUAACUCCAUGGAAGGCACACUCACGGAAAUUCACCUUCGCAACUUGUCCAGUCUCCUAGAUUUAAGGAUUGGAAUGAACAAGUUAUCUGUAAAGCUUGCACCCAAUUGGCUACCUCCAUUUCAAUUGGCAAAUCUUCAAUUGCGAUCUUGCAAAAUUGAGGCACCGUUUCCUCAAUGGCUUCGAACCCAAAGGAAGUUAGUCAAUUUAGACUUGUCUGAUACUGGCAUUUGGGGACCCUUGCCAGAAUGGUUUCAACAAAAGGAUCUCAGAGUGUUUGAUCUCUCCAAGAACAAAAUUAGCGGACCACUUCCGAGGAAUCUCCAUGACAAGAUACCAAAUUUGAGAAGUUUGGUUUUUGGUCAUAACCUGCUGAACGGUUCCAUUCCAAAAUCUGUGUGUAAAUUGGAGGGCCUUUACGAAUUAGAUCUUUCAAACAAUAAAUUAUCUGGAAGGAUUCCAAACUGUUUGGGUGAUAUUAAUUGGGUCUCACUAAUAGAUCUAUCAUCGAAUGACUUAGAAGGCACCAUUCCUGAAUCAUUUUGUGGUUUUGAUUCCCAUUUAGGAUCUCUCAGCUUGACCAACAAUAGGCUCUAUGGAGAGAUUCCAUUCAACUUUAGUUCUUGUAACUACUUGGAGAUUUUGGAUCUCGGCAAUAAUCAACUAUCUGGUGUUAUAUCUUCAACUAUGGGAGAUGAUCUAUAUUUGUUGAAAAUUCUUAGGCUUCGACAGAACAUGUUAAGGGGUAGCAUCCCUUCCAGCCUAUGUCGACUCUCAUUCUUGCAAAGCUUGGACCUCGCAGGUAACAACUUAACAGGAACAAUUCCUGGUUGCAUUGGAAAUCUUAAAGCAAUGAUUCAAGAGCAGUCAUUAGACCUGGGAUCAAUCGAAGUUGAGGCUCCCGCACCUGCAGAUGGUCCUUCUUUUGCGAUAGCAUUACCUCCUGAAAUUGAAUUUAAUCAUUGGGAUAAAGAACAUGUCAAGCAAGUCAUGAAGGGAAGAGAAUUUGAUUUCACCAGAAAUCUGAAGUUUGUAGUCAAUUUGGACUUAUCAAAUAAUUCACUGAUUGGCUUCAUACCUAAAGCUCUAACUUCUCUCACUAAAUUGGUUAGUUUGAAUUUAUCGCACAAUUGUUUGACAGGAGGAAUCCCUAACAAAAUAGGGAAACUGAACCUGCUAGAAUCAUUGGAUGUCUCAUGGAACCAACUCGCAGGCCCACUUCCAAGUAGCAUGUCUUCUUUGACUUUCUUGAGCCACCUAAAUGUGUCAUACAACAACUUUUCAGGGCCUAUUCCAGAGGGAAACCAGUUCUCCACUCUUGAGGAUUCAUCCAUUUAUGUUGGAAACCAAUAUCUCUGUGGAAAACCUGUGCUUAAAAAAUGUUCCGGCAAUAACACAAAUGAAGCUCCCAGAAGUGUCCAUUUUGAAGACAAGAAUGAGAAAGAAAAGAUUCUGUUUUACUUUGUUGUAGCCCUUGGUUUCAUGACAGGGUUCUGGGGAAUUAUUGCACUCCUUGUGUUCAACAAGAGUUUAAGGUAUGUUUGCUUUAGAUAUAUGGAGAAAAUAGCAGAUGAAUUAUAUGUAGCAGUAGCAAUAAGGGCAGCAAGGCUCAAGAGAAUGGGAUUGACACUCUGGUGA